ACGGGCACCCGGAAGAAAACACACCCCACCCUCCCCUCCCCGCCCAGAUAAUCAUCACGAGAUAUUCGGACGCGCCCGCCCCGACGACCGACGAGCAGCAGCGCACAAGGGAGGUUUAGGAGGAGGAGGAUGAGCACGAUGGCGAUGUCGGCGCUGAACCCGGACGCGCCCAUGUUCAUCCCGGCGGCGUUCAAGAAGGUGGAGGACUACUCGCCGGAGUGGUGGGAGCUCGUCAAGACCACCGCGUGGUUCCGCGACCACUGGUUCCGCCAGCACCAGCUCUACGAGGACCUCGCCGACGACGUCGACGACGUCGCCGCCCUCCUCCCCGACGACUCCGUCGACCUGCUCGACGCCGACGACCUCUUCUACUCCCCGCCCUCGCCCCAGCCCCAGCCCGACUUCCACCACUACAAUUACAAGCCAGCAGGGUUCGGCGGCGACAUGGACGCGGUGCUCAAGACGCUGAGCGUGAGCUCGCCGAGGGGCGGCGGCCCCGCGCCAGCCUGGGCGCCGGUGAGGCACGCCGAGAAGCCGGCGCAGCACGUCGGCGGCCCCAGGGCCGGCGGCGGCGCCCGCCGCGCCAUCCACCAGCCUCGCUAGAGCUAAACGGGCGCUGCUGCUGCUGCUGCCGCUGUGUAGUGUAACCUUCAGUUGGGUUCAGUCAGUCAGUCUUAGUCUCUCCCUGCUUCUGUGUAUACAGCUGAAAAAUGAAGGGGAAAACAAAGUGCAGGCCCCUGCUUGCUAGCUAGUGCUCCCCCCUUCCCUUCCCUUGUAGCCCCUCUCCUCCUGUGUUCAGAAACGCGUCAAGAACAAAAGCAAGAAAACAAAAAAAUGUAAUCUAUGAUGAGAUGGUAAUCAGGUCCAACGCUAGACCUUUUCUCAA